AUGGUGGAUGUGAAGAGUCUGAGUGAUUAUGAAUUACAGAAUGAACUUAAUAAGCUUGGAUUUUCACCUGGCCCAAUAUUACCUUCCACCAGAAAAGUGUAUGAAAAAAAGUUAGUGCAAUUGUUGGUCUCGCCUCCCUGUGCAUCAGCUGUGAUGAAUGGACCCUGCGAGCUGGACAGAGCUCAGGAUGAUGACGACAGUGAAGAGCUUAAUGCCACUAUCAUUUUGAAAGGAAAUAUCAUUCUCUCAUCAGAAAAAAACAAGGCACUCAAAAAAAGACUCGAGGCUUCCAUCACUAACCCAGAAGCCCUAGAUAUCUACUACCUGGCUUAUAAGCAUCCUGAGGGAGUAAGGUUUCCUAACAGAGCAUCAAACACCAGAUUCGAAGGAUGGAGUUGCAUCAGAGUAACAGACUACUGCCCGGUGAACAGGAGUGUUGAGUUCGGGAACCUAGAAAUUCUUCCAGUGGGCCUGAAGCUUGCUGUGUUUGGCAUCUUCAUCAUUGUGAUAUUUGUCUACAUAACAGUGGAAAAGGAGCCGUUCUUUGGCUAAGUGCUUUAGGAACAGAGCAAUGAGUGAGCACCUGAGCAUGCCUCUAAGCCGUCCUGCUGCAGGGAAGGACAGAAAGAAAGGCUGCUUGAAAAAGGGAUGCCCAGCCCCAUAGCCAGGUAGCUUUCCUCUCUGCUGCUCUCACAAAACCCUACCCAGGCUCAUGAUUUCAAAGCCAAUGGGGCCUUACAUACUGUCUAGUUCACCGCUUAUGUUUCGAGAUAAGGGAACAGGCCAGGGAGGUUGAAGGAAAUGCCAAAAGUCACAAUGAACUGAAUCCAGAAUCCAAGGU